ACUAUUAUAUUGAUCGUCAAAACAAGUCAACGUAAUAUUAUUCUAGAUAAAAAGUUACUCCAAUAGCAGCUGCUCUUUAUGUAUUCAUGUAUAAGUUGACAGUAGCCCACUUCGUCUGACUGUGAUGCCAUCAAACUUUUCUUAAGUACUAAGACAUUGCAUAGCGAUCAAUUAUUGGCUUCAAAGGCGGGAAAAUGAGUUCUUUAAAAGAUGUUGUGUUUAAACUGCGAGAUAUUGAGCCUGCAAUGGUGUCGGCUUGGAAGGAAGCGUUUCAUUCCAUUCGUUUUGAUUGUAAUAUCGAGAUUUCUUGUGGUGACAUCUUCAAUGACGCUCCGUGGGCAGACGCCAUUGUCUCGCCUUCGAAUAGUUUUGGUUUUAUGGAUGGUGGAAUCGACUUGAGAUAUUCAGAACAUUUUGGUUGGCAGCUUCAGGAGCGUCUUCAGAAUAUCCUAAGAAAUGAGCAUUUUGGCGAGCUUCCUGUUGGCGAAGCCAUAAUUCUUCAAACAUUUGAAGACGACCAGCCUGAGGUUGAACAUGAUUGGAUGAAGUGCAAUGACGUCAAUGAGGGUUAUCCAAUCAAGUUCGUUAUCAGCUCUCCGACGACAAGAGUUCCAGCUGACGUUAAUAAUACUGUAAACGCUUAUCUUGCAUUUAGAGCUGUAUGUGUGGCUGUACAUCGACAUAAUCAGACCGUAAACAAGCAGACUAUAAGAAGUGUUCUAUGUCCAGGUCUUGCAACCUCAGGUGGUCAAAUGUCGUUUGAGAAAUGUGCCAUGCAAAUGAAGAUCGCUUACGAAGUAUGCGUUCUUAAAGACUGCAAAGCUAUUUUGAAGCCGGAGUCAUUACUUGAUGCUCUCAAACAUCAUUUGUCUAUGGAAGAAACGGAUCGUCUGGCCUAAUUCAUCUUCCGUUUAACAAUGGAAAUAGAAACGAAAAAAUAGAAACAAUUUUUGGGAAUCGUUGCUCCAAAGUAGUUCGUAUAUGGACCUAUGCUGGUUUUGUUUAGAAUAUUCAGAGUCUGUAAUAUGUUGAGACUGUAACGGACUCAUUGUAGAUCAGAAACAUUACUAUACAUAUGUUUCCAAUGGAAAAUACUUUUAUAGCUGAUACUAAUGGUAAUGUUUUCGUCUAUUUAAGAAUAUUUUUUGAAAUUAUGGCAAACAGCGCUGUAAUGUUUAAGUAUUUUGGAGUCAAAAUCAUCAAGUUUAUUAUAUACUGAA